AAUAUCACUUGUUUCUUCUCAUCUUCUUUCAUCUUAAGCUCCUUCGAUUAAGACAUAUUCACAAUGUCAACUUCUGGAGCUGAUGACGUAUUACACUUGUUGGCUAAGAUGCCAGCCGAUGCAAACCCAUUUCUCGUCAUAGCUGACUUCCUCAAAGCAAGCAUUCAACCUGUCCCAAUACCACGAUGGGCACAAUGGGUACAGCGAUGCAUCCUCAUAGGUUUUUUUCUGAUGUGCUGUCAGUCUUGUCGCCUUAUCUAUAUUCGCAUCAAAACUAAGUCGUUUCGCACCUUUUCUAUCAAUCAAUUGGGGUUGGUUCGCAUCGAUUUGUUAAGUAUCUGCGCCGUUGGUUACUUCGUCUAUAGCCUGCUUACCAUGGCGGACUUGAUCUUUGAUGAGAUCAUCCUGGCCGGCUAUCACGAUCAGUCCGGGGAGAUCAUCUUGUUUGGAGCCAAAUUCUUAGUGAUCCUCGAUUGUUCCUAAGGUCUAUUUUGGGUCUGCGCUUGUCAAGCCGCAUCGCUCGUGAUAGAGUCAUCGCAGAAAAGAAAUAAGCUGCCUGUGGCUCUUUGUUGGGGGAUGAACAUCAUGUUGUUUUCCCUGACCGUGGUACCUAUUCCAAUCGUUUUGGUGGCAUACAUCAAAGCCAACGCAGACUAUGUGGCGGCUACGCGAAUCCUCAGGCCGAUUAUCGACUCACUCUUCAAAGCUUCUGCCUCCUACUCUUCUCAAAAUUACAGUCCAGCCCAAAUCAUGCAAGCGCUGAUUCCGGCGCAACAGGCGCCUGCCCUCUUUCUCUCGUUGUACAAGCCAAACUGGAUCCAGGUCUUAUGAGAGGCAACUCUCAGUUUUACUUCCCACUCUUCAACUUCUCACUUAGAGGGCUAUACAAACGGAGAUUAGCGGGAGAGGGGCUCGAGUCGAUUCCAGGUCUUUCUGCUGAAGAUCAUGAAGAAAAACUGAUCAGCGCUCGUGAGAUAAAUCGGAAAAAGCGGAACAUGCUGGUAUAUCAUGCACUUCUCAGUGUCGUGGGUAUCCUAGUGCAUCUCCCGAUACUUGGCUGGCAAGUCGGCUAUAUAAAAGAUGCCUCACUGCGCUACAAGGACUGGCUCCUUGUCACAAAAUUAGGUCUUCAUGGUCCCUUUGUCAUCGCAGGGAAUAUAACGAUGCUAGUCCACAAUCUUCACUCUGGACUAUUGCUUUCGAAUCAAAAAUCUUGUGCAUCAUCGCACAUGCGAAACACAGAUUCGGGUCAUCUUGAUAGCAGGCAGCGAGAAUGCUCAUCCGAAACCGUAUCAAGAGAUCAUGCUGUAACUUUUGAUUUGAAGCAUUCAAUGGCCUAACAUACAAUAAAAUUUAUCCACCUCUCUUUUUGAAAAAUUUACGCUCACUAAAAUAUCAUGAUGGACGCUAUGGUUGACUUUUUUGGAUCGUAUUCCUCUGGUAAGGUUAUGUACAUAUUGUAUCUAGAGUCAGUAGUCAUAUGUUUUUACUGUACCAUGGCCAGAGAUCAACGGACAACUUCUCACCAGUCGCAAUUUUUUCUCACUUGAAACCCUGGUUGGAUCUAUUUUGCAAAGCGAGAUUAUUGUAAC